UCAUCUCAUGGACCCUCCGUUUUUCUGUCGAUUUCCCCUCCUUCUCUCUCACACACCACACGCACUGUCACAUCCUCUCUCUCUAUCUCCUCAAUUUUGCUUUUAUAAGCGCUGAUUCCGUGAAUUCUGGUGGAUAUAGUUCAAAUUCGUGAUACUGUUGGAGACACCUGUGAAAUCUUCAAUCCGUGAUGCAACUUUUGUUUUAAAAUUCUCAAUUUAGCGAGCGCGGGGUUCAAAUUGCAGCUCAGCGGCUGGAAGUGUAAUUGAUCGUUUGGGGAUCAGAUUUGGAUUUAAGCUAAGGAUAUUUAAUACAUCUUCUCAGAGUCACAACAUUAUCUGUAUAGUCGAAUGAUGGACAGCAUGAGUCUUGACCCGAAAACGAUGUUAGGGAUUAAUACUUUGGGAACUUCUGAUCACGCAUCGGUGGUCUCGAUAACCUUGUUUGUAACUCUCCUGUGUGCAUGUAUUGUGAUUGGUCAUCUAUUGGAAGAAAAUCGUUGGAUGAAUGAAUCUAUCACUGCCCUCAUAAUUGGUGUAGCAACUGGAGUUGUAAUUCUGCUAAUUAGUAGUGGGACGAGCUCACAUCUCCUGGUGUUCAAUGAGGAUCUUUUUUUCAUUUAUCUGCUUCCUCCAAUCAUCUUUAACGCUGGGUUCCAGGUUAAAAAGAAACAAUUCUUUCGCAAUUUCAUGACCAUAAUGUUGUUUGGGGUACUUGGUACCUUAAUAUCAUUUAUCAUCAUAUCAUUAGGUGCUAUUGCCAUCUUGGGGAAAAUGGAUAUUGGUCUUGCAAUUGGAGAUUACAUAGCAAUUGGAGCAAUUUUUGCCGCAACAGAUUCAGUGUGCACAUUGCAGGUGCUAAAUCAAGACGAGACUCCAUUGCUGUACAGUCUGGUUUUUGGAGAAGGUGUUGUAAAUGAUGCAACAUCUAUAGUGCUUUUCAAUGCGGUCCAGAACUUUGACCUUUCUAAUAUCAACACCAGUAUAGUUCUACAGCUGAUUGGAACCUUCUUAUAUUUGUUUAUUUCGAGCACUGCAUUGGGAGUCGGGACUGGAUUGCUCAGUGCAUAUAUCAUAAAAAAGCUCUAUUUUGGAAGGCAUUCCACUGAUCGUGAGGUUGCUAUUAUGAUGCUCAUGGCUUACCUUUCAUACAUGUUGGCUGAAUUAACAGAUCUGAGCGGUAUCCUCACUGUGUUCUUCUGUGGGAUUGUAAUGUCGCACUAUACCUGGCAUAAUGUCACAGAGAACUCAAGGAUCACCACCAAGCACACCUUUGCGACAUUAUCUUUUGUUGCAGAGAUCUUUAUAUUCCUUUACGUAGGCAUGGAUGCUCUCGACAUUGAGAAAUGGAGAUUUGUUAGUGACAGGCCAAAAACUUCGAUCUCUGUCAGUGCGGCUCUACUGGGAUUGGUUUUGGUGGGCAGGGCUGCCUUUGUAUUUCCUUUGUCAUUUUUGUCCAACCUGACCAAGAAAAUCCCUCAUGAGAAGAUCAGUUUUAAAGAGCAAAUCACAAUAUGGUGGUCUGGUCUUAUGCGAGGUGCGGUUUCUAUGGCUCUUGCUUACAACCAGUUUACUCGAGCCGGCCAUACCACGGAACAUGGAAAUGCUAUUAUGAUCACCAGUACAAUAACAGUUGUCCUCUUCAGCACUGUGGUUUUUGGCCUGAUCACGAAACCUCUUGUGAGGUUCUUGCUGCCUUCAUCGGACGGGCUAAGCAGAAUGGUCUCUGCAGAUCCGCUCACGCCAAAUUCCUUCACAGUGCCACUUCUCGGUGAAUGCCAGGACUCCGUAGCCGAGCUAUUUAGCGGCAACGGACAAGUUUCCGAAGGUGGCCAGGGCAUUGGUCGUCCGAGCAGUUUACGGAUGCUGCUGACAAGGCCUACUCGCACAGUCCAUUACUACUGGAGAAAAUUCGACGAUGCAUUCAUGCGCCCGGUUUUCGGCGGCCGUGGCUUCGUCCCUUUCAUCCCGGGCUCGCCAACAGAACAAAGCGUGCAUCUGCCCGGAGAAGCCAAAAACUAAAUCUCUUGCACCAGUUUUCCUAGUCUACUGACUCAAUUUUGGGCCCUCCGGUUUUGUAAAAACUCGAUUAUUAGUUUGCCGCUGUUUCUAUUUAUCCGUUUGCACGUCACGGUGGGGGCGUUUCGAAAGAUUAGUAGAGGCUGCAGGAUUCGUUUCGUGGUGGUGAUGUUCUGUCGGUCGGUAGUCGACCGGAAGAGCGCGGUUGGGCGGAGCUGAAGAAACCCCACGCCGGUGUGGAUUUAUUGUUUUUUUGUGAGAGCAGCAGGUGAUCGAUAUUUAUAGGGUAAAAGUUCUUUCUCUGUAUAUGGUUAUAUAAUUAUGACAUGUAUAGUAAGUUGCCGAUGUCAAUAUGUCAUCACUCCUUUUGUGUGUGGAUUUCAACCUCUCCAGUUUGUCUUUGAAAUUGUGCUCGGAUUUUUUGCCAUUUGAGGUUGUAUUCUGUCUACCGUUUCCCUA